GGAAAAGCGAUACUCAUUUCCUUAUUGAUAAUCGUCUUAUUAAGAAUUCACAGUGAAUUGGAUACAUAACAUUUUGGGUGAAAAUUUAAAAAAAAAUCAUAGUGGACGGAAGUUGCCAAUUGUCCGUCAUUGAGAGUUUCACUAUGGAGGUUAUGAAGCAGGGUUUCGGAAUGCACCCGUCGCUGAACCCGGGCCACCUUCCCGGCCGCUACUCGCCGCCCUACCGACCUCCGGAACGCAUGCGAUGCAUGACGUCGUCCUCGGGCAACUUUUUCGGUGGAUUCGAGGACGGACUUCUUGCGCGGGCGGAAGCGCUGGCGGCGGUUGACAUAUCCAAGUCGCCCCAAAACAUGAAACACGAAAGCCUGUAUGGACCGCAAGUGACCGACAUGUGCAUGUCGCAGUCCGGACCCUCCCGCCAACAGAUGGGUAUGCCACCGGGGCCACCGGGCUUCGGGCCGUCCGACUCCAUGUUGGACCAGCUGUCCUCCAAUCACGGGAUGCCACUGCCCGGGAUGCCUGACCACCAUAACAUGGCACCACCCAGCUCUCACCACAACCACCACCAGAUGUACUCGCCCAUGUACUCACAUCAGGCGCCCAUGAACCACCCGCAUGCCAUGCCGCCCCACCACCAGGUCCACCAUACUAUGCACGACACAGAGUGCGACCCCAGAGAGCUCGAGGCGUUUGCCGAGCGCUUCAAACAACGCAGAAUCAAGCUCGGUGUCACGCAGGCGGAUGUAGGUUCGGCGCUCGCAAACCUUAAGUUACCCGGUGUUGGCUGUCUCAGUCAAAGUACAAUAUGCAGGUUCGAGUCUCUGACACUGAGCCACAAUAACAUGAUCGCGCUUAAACCCAUUCUUCAAACGUGGCUAGAGGAGGCUGAAAAGGCCGCAAGAGAUAAAAUCGAGGCCGAACAAAAUGGCCUUAUAUCCGGCGCAGACAAAAAGCGCAAACGGACAUCCAUCGCAGCGCCCGAAAAGCGUUCUCUAGAGGCUUAUUUCGCAGUUCAGCCACGCCCAUCUGGUGAGAAAAUUGCUCAAAUUGCUGAAAAAUUGGACUUGAAGAAAAAUGUAGUCAGAGUUUGGUUUUGUAAUCAAAGACAAAAACAAAAGCGAAUGAAAUUCUCAGCUGUUGCGGGACAUUGAAACGAACUGUAGACAUUGUUUUAUUUAUUCUAGAGAUUAUGUGCACACAGCUUAGCUAAGGCAACUGCACACUAACGAAUUUGUCAAAGGCAAUUGACUUGUAAAUAUGUAAAUAGUGCAUUAAAUGAAACGUUUUUCUAUCAUUUUAAGUGUGCAAUUGAAAGUGCAAUGUUUGUUCACCUGAGCUUGGUAUUCUGAGAAAUCCGCAUGGCUAGUCAACAGAGGUCAGAGACUGUCCUUGACCUUGAAAUGACCUUCACAUUACCUAUACCCUGUGAAGGUCACUACAGAGAAUACUAGUCAGUUAUCUGUGUUGUAAACCGCGCUGUGGAGGAUAUUUUCAUGCCUCUUGGUAUUUAAUGCAAUUGAAAUCUCAAAUUUAUUUAUUUAAACUGUUGUUUAUUUAUUAUUAUUUAUUUAAAAUGAUUUUAAACUGUUAACGGUCAGUUUCUCUGAUAGACUUCUUUUGAAGGAAAUAGGUUUCAAAGACGCGUAUAGACUUCCAUAUGUAACCAUUCCAGAACAGACAUUCCGUAUUAACACGUGUGUGGAGUAUUAGUCAUUGGUUCCUUUAACAGUAAAUUCUUACUACAUGUAAUACUCAAGAACAAUGUAGAUGAAACGAAUUCAUUCCCCACGUUUUCACAUGACCUCAGCAGAAGUUUGUAAAUGGGUGCCCUCACAAUCAUAUUAAUAUUGUCUAUCAUGUCAUUUUGUUGAUUGUUUGAUUGUUUUUAUAUAUUUUCGUUUGUUAUAUUGAAAUAAAUAUGUAUGCAUA